AUUCACGAAUGAGACUUCGCUUUAUGGACUGAGCUCUGCUUGGUGGGUGGAACCAAAUAUAAGAGAGGAAGCUUAAUUGGCUAUCUCUCCUAGAACUUCCUGGAUCCUUCCUGUUACCGGGAACUAGGGCGGUUCUACAAUGGCCAAGAACAAACGAAAAGGGCAGAAGUCCAGGAAUGUAUUUCACAUAGCCAGCCAAAAAAACUUUAAGGUUAAGAGUAAAGCAAAACCAGUUACCACUAAUCUUAAGAAGAUAAACAUUGUGAAUGAUGAAAAAGUUAACAGAAUGAAUAAAGCUUUUGUUGAUAUACAGAAGGAGCUUGCUCACUUCUCAAAAGGCCUUUCCCUCGAAUCUCUGCAGAAACAGCUGAUUCCUCAGCAGUGUCAUGAAAACGAACCAGUUAAUGUUGAAGAAGCUACUAGAUUAAUGGCUCAGUUGUAAUGCACUGGUGAUGCAUCAAAUUCCCCCAAAACACCAAUAAAUUAAAUGUUCUAUACAAUUUUAUUUUUAAAAA